GGCUGCGCAACUAUAUGAAACGUAAUCCAGGAUUUUCUUUUCGUACGCCAGAAAUAUUAUCUUCGGCUAGUAGCCGAGUGAGUGAAAAUGAUAUCCGUGGAUGGUUUCAAAUGAUAACAAGCUGGCUAACAAAAAACGGACUGCACGAAAUAUUAGACGAUCCUUCUAGAGUAUUUAACGCUGACGAAACCUCUUUCUUUCUACACCCCAAAUCAAAGGAGGUUAUUGCCCGAAUUUAAUCUCGCAAUGUGUAUGAAGCAGAGCAAGCGGCUGCUAAGCAAAAUAUAACUGUAAUGUUUGCAUUUGGGGCAAAUGGUAGUAUAGUGAAUCCACACGUUAUCCUCCCUGGUAAACGUCUUCGGCAGGAUUUGGUGCAAAGCUUUCCGGAAGAAUGGGGUAUCGGUCAAAGUGAGCGUGGUUGGAUGGAUACUCCAAACUUUUUGGGAUAUAUUGAGAAAAUAUUUCAUCCCUUUCUGGUGAGGAAAAACUAAACAUUUCCAGUAAUUUUGUUCGUUGAUGGACAUGCAUCGCAUAUUGGAUUGAAUGUGGCAGAUCUAUGCCAAUCACUUGGUAUUAUACUGAUCUGUUUGUAUCCAAAUACAACGCACAUCACACAGCCAGCAGAUGUGGCGGUUUUCAAACCUUUAAAAACUGAAUGGAGAAAGUCGGUAGAAAGCUGUAAAUUCAAUAAUCCCGGUAGUAUUCUGAACACUUUGCACUUUGCAUCAGUAUUAAGUAUGGCUAUCGAGAAUGGUAUCAAAAGUUCGACGAUCAAAAAUGGGUUUCGAGCAUGUGGUCUGCAUCCGUUCGAUUCGAAUGCAAUUGACUAUUCUAAGUGCAUCGCAACUUCAGCAACUGGUUCCUUGAUUACGAACGAAACAACCGAUGUUUUUGUCACACCUGAAGCUUUUGAAGAAUCAAUCCAGAAGGAAUCAGAUACCACACAACACGGUAGUGUAGAUCAAAGCGUUACCAUUAGUAUGGAUAGAAUAGUUGAAGCAUACGAUAUAAUCGGAGCUGAAACUAUAGCUAAAAUUGAAGGAGACGUCAACAAGCUGUCCCGUGAAGAACGUGUGAUUCGUUAUUUUUAUCGUGAAUUUGUUCGUCCGCAUAUUGGAUUUCAUGCCUUAAAAUCUACAGUAGAAGUCAAUGGAUUGAACUGUUUAGACGGACUCGAAGGGAAUAACGACAACGACGACGAUUUUACAUCGGCUUCUUCAUCCAAAAAGAUGGAUAUCGUAUCUCCUUUGGAUACUUAUAUAUCAAUAGAUAUGACAGAUUACGAAAAAGUUGAAGCUGGAGGCUCUAAUAUAUUAUGCAAUAUAUUGCCUUUGACAUCUUCCACUGAACCACAAACUACUUGUACGGAUUCAGAACUACCCGAAAUGAUGGAUUAUGUUGAUGCAAGAAUCGUAAACAAUCAUGAUCUCCAAGAAAAGGACAUUGAGACUCAAUGCGAAGAUGGAAAAGACGCAUCAUUGGUUAUUAGUACACGCCGACUUUCAGAGGUGUUGAAUCUACCCGCUACACCUCACCGUUGUGGUAGACAUAGAAAUUAUAAAAAAUCAUUUCAACCUGUCUUAACAGCUAAGGAACGAAGAGAUGCACUUCUUAAAGUAAAAGAGCAAAAAGAAAAAGAACUGCAACAAAAGAAAAUAAGAGCCCUACAACGCCAAGAGGCCAAAGAAAAACGGGAAAAUGAAAAACGUGCUAGGAUGGAAGAGCGUAAAAAAAUUAAAGGAAAAUCAAAGACAUCUACACCAAAGGCUAAAUUAGGGGACAAAAACGCCAGAAUGCGCAAUUAAAAUGGCUUGUAGGGCUAAACAAUUUGAUCCAACUCAUUUAUAAGCUACCAAAAUCAUCAA